AGACAACAGAUGAAAACUGGAUUCCAACUCUGCUCGACGCCCCGGUUGAAAAUAUUUAUAAACUUGUUGAUCUUCAAGGUUUAUCUUUGUAUUGGAAUGCAUCACCUAAAGAUUAUUAUAAAGAUUUUCCACCAUCUGAACAAUUGUCUUUAUUUAAACAAAGUUUUGGAGAUAAAGAUUUAUCUACAGAAUAUACAUACAUUUUAAAGCCUAUUCAACUGAAAGCUCGAUUAAAAUUGGAUCCCAAAGCCAAUGUUUAUUUGCAACCAAAGAUUUUCAUCACACUUGAAAUUGAGGAAGUUGGCUUCCAGCUAUCUCACCAACAAUACCAUGGCAUUGUGGUGGCAACAGACAACAUAGACAGAAUGUCGAUUAAUGCCAGAUUCCGAAAAUACAAGCCCGUUGGUCCAUUAACUCCAGCUAAAUGGUGGAUAUACGCUUACCGUAGCGUUGUUGGCACGAUUGUUGCGAACUCACGAAAGUUAAGUUGGGUGAACAUCAAGAAGCAUCGCGAUAAUGUUCAUCAAUACAAAGCUCUAUACAAGCAAAAACUGGAAGAAAAAACUCCCAACCAGGGUCUUCUUGAUCAACUUCUUAAAGCAGAAGAUGCUCUUGAUAUUUUUAAUAUUACACUGACAAGAAAACAAGCUGAAAUAGAGCUUGUUCGUGAAGGUAGUGAGAUAUUGAAUGCCGAAUAUCUUCUGCAACAUAAUAAACAAUCAUCAUCUAGUUGGUUUAGUGGAUGGUUUUCAAGUAAAAGUUCCAAACCUGAAAAACCAAAAGAACCAGAAGGCCUGGACAGUGUUAUGACUGCUUCAGAAAAGAAAGAACUUUAUCAAUCUAUCGGUUACAUUGAAGGUGAAUUACUUGAUGAUAGUGAUUUACCAAAGUCUUAUGUUAAAACACAUUUGACGGUCAGUCUUAAAAAGGUUUCUUUGGAGCUAUGCAACAAAAAAGUUUGUGCUGAAGAUAUUUUGCAACUGUGUUUCUAUGGAAUAAAUUUAGUUGUCAAACAACGUCCAUCUGCAAAAGCUAUCCGUUUAACUGGUGAUCUUGAGUCUUUAGCCAUGUAUGGUGUUCCUCAAAACAACCAGACUCCAACUAUAGUUGCUCAUGACGUAGAUUCCACGACAAAACAGUCGUUAUUCCACUUUGAUUUUGAAACCAACCCGUUAGACGAGACAUGUGAUCAGAGGCUUGUAGCUGAUUCGAAGCCAGUAACGAUGGUGUAUGAUGCGGUUACAGUGAACAACCUCACCACGUUUUUUAAACCACCUGAAAAUACUCGACUACAAAGAUUACGUACUGUAGCUGCUUCUACGUAUAAUGAUGUGAAAAACCAAACAACAACAGGAUUAAAACACAUUAUAAAGAACAAACAAAUAACUCAAAUCAAUGUUCAUUUCUCAUCUUCACGUUUCGUUUUACCCAAAGAUGGAACUGUGCAAAGCAACUCUCAUGCAUUGGUGCUUGAUCUUGGAGAACUCAUCGUGGUAAACAAUUCUUGUUUUGAUGAAAAAAGUGUGGAUAACAGAGGAGUUGCUGAAAUACAAUCACGAAUAUAUGACGCGUUUAAUAUUAAUGUCAAGAAUAUUCAGCUUGUGUUAUCUCGAAAAGGAGAGGAACCAACGUCGUCUAAUUUGCAUAUUCUUGAACCUAUCAACAUUUCUCUCUGUGCUGAAAAAUGUUUGGUCGAAAAUGAUUCCUCGUUGCCAGUGAUAAAAGUAACAGGAUCUUUACCAUCGGUUGCAUUGAAAUUAUCGGAUUUGAAACUUCUGCAAAUAAUUCAACUGGUUGAAAGCAUUCCUUUACCGCCUGAACAACCAAUAUCAGAUGUUGAAGAAAUUGAAGUUGAGAGUUGGCCAGCUACAAUGACAGAUACAGAUGAUGUAACGUUAGUUGAGAAAACCAUCAGCAAACAUUUUGAUGAAUCGAUUGUUUUACAACAAUCUGGUGUUGAUUCAUCAUCUGACGAGGAAUUCUUCAGCGCUGAAUCCGAAUGUGAAGAAGAUGAUGAACCCAAAAAGAAAUCCAAGAAAAGCAAGAAAGCAAAACUUGUGAAACAAAAUGUUCAAAAAAAUCAAGUUACCAAUCUGCAGUUGGAUUUUACCAUUAGCCAGAUUAGCAUCUGCCUUGAUGAAGAAUAUUAUGUUACCAACAUUGUAGAGUUGAUAUCUUUGAAUAUGAACGUCUUAUCCGUCCAUAUUAGUGUUCGAACUUGGGAUACAAAUAUGAAACUUUCAUUGGAAACAUUCGAUGUUGUUCAACCCCAGUUCCAAACAGCCGACAACACUCCACUUGUAUUGAUGAACUCUGAGGUGAGUUCAGAUUCUGACACGUUAUUCCACGGAGAAAUUAUUCAAGUGAAUCCAAAAUCUCCUGACUUUGUUCAACUUUACAAUCGCACAAAGCAACUAGUGUUUGUAAGGUUUGGAUCCCUAUGUAUAACAGCUCAUGUACAGGCUGUAUUGAAACUUCAAAGCUUUGUUUCAUCGCUUACUCACUUAUUAGAAUCACAGGCAGCUAAAGUUAUUGAACCAACUGUAGCAGCACAUGAAACAUCAGAAAAAAGUGACCUUGCAACAAAAUCUGAUGUCUCCAUUAUCCCAUCUAAUGUAAAGGAUUCCGAUUCAAAGGUUGUAGAUUUAAAGUUAACGGCAAGAAUAGAUGCUGUUCGCGUCAACCUUGUGGAUGAGAAAGAAGAAAUUAGCAUUGUUGAGAUUGAAGGCAUCAAAUCAAGUGUAUCAAUCACAAAACAAUGGAUUAAACUGAAUGCUGAGCUUCAUAAAUUGAAAGUUACCGACACAGACAUCAAGACUUUGUAUCCUGAUGUCGUUCAGUCAGAUGGUGACGAAGUUAUUCUGUUGGAAUUCGUGAAUUACAACAAUCCAAAUACUGGGGUUGAUUCUGAUGUGAACAAACCACACGCUGUGGAUGGAAGUCUGAAGUUAAAGCUUGGAUGUGUGAAGGUUGUGUUUUUAAACAAGUUUGUUGAAAAGUUGCAAAAAUAUGGAAAUAGUUUGUCACAAGGUAAAGAAAUCCUUGAAGCUGGAUCUGCUGCACAG